AUGUCUUCGAACAAUCAAAAGCAAUUCCAACAUCAUUCACUCAAAUCGAUACUUUACAUCACCUUAGCUUUUACAGUCUUAUUACUAGGAAUUGGAUCUUCCAAUCGAGACAAAGUGAUAUCUACAGACAUCAUUCAUAGCUUCAAGACCUCUUCGUCUAAAGCUCUCCAGUCGAUCCAAACAUUUCGAGUGAAUCUCAUAAGAGGAUCAUCCAUACAUACAAUGGUUAAUCAGUCGUCUACUAAAGCAGAUGUGUAUUUCCUCUCUCAUGGGGGCCCACCUACGGUCGAACAGACUUAUUCCGACCCAUUCAAAGCGUGGCAGACAUUCGGUAAGAUCAUCAACUCGAAUCCACCUAAAGGGAUCGUAGCGGUAUCUGCCCAUUGGGAGAAUGACAGAGGAUUAGGAGGAUCGGAAGGUGUGAUAGUCAAUUCAAACUCGUCUAACCCAUUGAUAUACGAUUUCUAUAAUUUCCCUAAAAGGCUAUACGAAUUGAAAUUCCGAUCAACCUUUACACCCGAAUUGGAAUCAACCGUUUUGGACGCACUGAAAUCAAGUGGGAUUUCGUUCUCUAGAGAAGACAGGGGUUUCGAUCAUGGUGUAUGGAUCCCUUUCAAAGCUGCUUUUGGUGAAUCAACACAGAUCCCAAUCAUCCAAGUAUCCCUACCUACCUCUUCAGAUCCAAGAGCAUCAGUCAAAUUGGGUAGGGCAUUGUCUAAAGUCCGGGAUGAGGGGUAUACGGUAGUAGCUACUGGUCAAUCGGUACAUAACUUACGUGAUUUAUUCACUGGCCAAAGAAUGCCAUAUACCAAACCCUUCCUUAACCUUCUUAAUCAAUCCCUCUCAUCUCCCGAUCCAAUCUCCUCCACAAUCGAUAUAUUGAGAACACCGUUGUACAAGAAAUCUCAUCCCACCGAUGAGCAUUUCUACCCACUCUUCGUAGCUCUCGGAGCACUGGACAAGGAAGAGUACAGGAAUAAGAAGGAUUUGAUAAGUGGGGUGUGGGACGCUCAAGGUAUGCCGGCGGAAGAUGAAGGGUUGGGAUGGAGUAUGUACAGGUGGAGUACGGGUCAGCAAUAG